GUUGAAGUAAUAAUUCAAUUGAGUACAAACAUUUAGUUAUUUAAAAUAGGAAAUGGGAAGGCCAGGAUAUUCUCCGGGUGGAGGUGGAGGUGGAUAUAGAGGUGGCAGAGGAGGAGGAGGAGGUCGUGGAGGUGGUGGAGGAGGAUUUAGAGGAGGAAGAGGCGGAGGUGGUGGUGGAGGAGGAGGAGGAGGAGGAGGAGGAGGAUUUAGAGGUGGAAGAGGCGGAGGUGGUGGAGGAAGAGGAGGUGGUACACCACGUGGACGUGGAGCCCGUGGAGGAGGUAGAGGAGGACGUGGAGGCGGUGGUUUCAAAGGUGGUAAAACUGUUAUCAUAGAGCCACAUCGUCAUGAAGGAGUUUUUAUAGCUAGGGGGAAAGAAGAUGCAUUAGUUACAUUAAAUUUAGUACCAGGUUCAGAAGUAUAUGGUGAAAAAAGGAUUAGUGUCGAGGCGGAUAACUCUGAAAAAAUUGAAUACAGAGUAUGGAAUCCAUUUAGGUCAAAGUUGGCUGCUGCGAUACUAGGUGGCGUAGAUCAAAUUCACAUGCCACCAGGGAGCAAAGUAUUAUACUUAGGCGCUGCCUCUGGAACUACAGUAUCUCAUGUAGCAGAUAUCGUUGGGCCGGAGGGGCUGGUGUAUGCCGUAGAAUUUUCACACAGAUCUGGUAGAGAUCUUCUAAAUGUUGCCAAGAAACGAACUAAUAUAAUUCCGAUAAUCGAAGAUGCUAGACAUCCACAUAAGUACAGAAUGCUCGUGGGAAUGGUGGACACGAUAUUUGCCGAUGUUGCACAGCCUGAUCAAGCUAGAAUAGUAGCUUUAAAUGCUCAGUACUUCCUCAAAAAUGGAGGUCACUUUGUUAUCUCUAUUAAGGCGAGUUGUAUAGAUUCCACGGCACAACCCGAAGCAGUAUUCGCCGCCGAAGUAAAAAAAUUAAUCGCCGAUAAAUUGAAACCGCAGGAACAAAUCACAUUGGAACCAUACGAGAGGGACCACGCCGUGGUAGUCGGUGUUUUUAGGCCGCCACCUAAAAAAGUCACAUAAAAUAUCUAUAUGUACAUAUUUAUCAUUUUAUUUUUAAGAUCAUUUUGAUUGACCAUCAUCCCCUAGAAUGUAUGCAAUAUCUUUUGAUUUAUUGACUGCAAAUACUGUUUUCAAAUAUUUCGUGGAACCUACGAAAACGCAGUAUGAAAUAGUUUUGUAAUAUAAUGUAAAGUUAGACGAUUAUUAUCCAGGUAUCCCGGAGCUGUUCUCGAUAAAUGCAAUUUGAUUCACUUUUGUACCUGUAUAAUCGGUACAUCGACAUGAAUGUACACGUAAUGAUUGUUUAAUAUAAAGUUUAUAUAUUAAAUAUCUCUUAAAGAUCAUCUCACUUAUACUUUCAUAAUGAAAUAAAAAGAAGGAAGACCAUUUAGUAA